AUGGAUUCAGAGAACCGUCCUCGAGAACAGAGUCAUUUGAUGACGACACUGGACUCUGAAAACACAGAACCGGCAAAGACGCAAGGAGUUCGAGAGCCCUCGGUGAGAGAGAAAACCUACAGCCAAGACACUGCAUACGAAGCGGUGCUGGAUCGGAGCGAUGGCCGAGACGGCGGUGCGGCGUAUGAGUUUCGAAGGGCCAACAAGGAACCAUUUGUGAUUCUAGCCGAUGUCUUCGCAGUCAUCUGCCCUGUUGCAUUUCUUGCAUUCGCGUUUCUUGUGUUGAAGCUUGACGGGCAGGAUAUCGAUGGUGCCCCUGCCAGACAGUAUCGGAAUGCGAUCACUAUCCUCGCAACUCUCUUCCCAAUCAUCUUCGCGGCUAUCGUCGGUCGUCUGAUGUCGCAAGUCGCACGCUGGAAACUCGAAAAGGGCGCAACAAUGGGAGUCCUUGAGCAGCUGAUGGGAAGUCGAACGGUGGGCGGUACACUCCUCGUUCACUUCCAGCUGCGAGCUCUCAACCUUCUCGCACUUUUUCUGGUUCUUAUCUGGAUAUUCUCGCCCCUUGGCGGCCAGUCUGUUCUUCGCAUGCUCGAAACCCGUUCCCGGACCGUGACCCAACCAGCGGAUGUGGUCUAUUUCGACACCAACGCUCAAUCCCAGUUCGCAUCCUGGUCGGAUGCCUCGCCGACGAGUUCCGCCUAUAACAACAACCGCAUGUCUAUCGUCAACGCUAUGUACAACGCUCUUAUCCUUAGCCCGGACGCUGUAAAGAGCGCUGCAAUGGAUGUUUGGGGAAAUGUCAAGGUUCCUGCGUUAUCCUCUUACGGUGAUUUCAGCAACUCGGAUUGGCAGUCGAUUCCGAUGAAUGACACGGAACGGGAGUUUUCGUCUCUUGUUGGUGUUCCUGUUACAAAUAUUGCGGAGGGUAACACCACCUUCUCGCUGGAGUCGAGCUACAUUCACCUCGAGUGUGAAAAUAUCAGCGUCUCUUCCUUCAGUUACAGUCCAGGCUCUGGUACUAGCUUCGCCAAGGAAGUCCUAUUCAACGAGACUUCGCUGUGCAUGUCCAGCCGCUGCAACUCUGUCGCGAACGGCACCUGGCAGGGAUGGAACCUCAAGCUAAACGGCACAAAUAUCGUCUCCAACGACAGCAACAAUCAGGAUCGCGGGGCGGGAUGGAACCUCGCCCUGGACAAUUUUGUUGAUGAGUUGUGGAAUGACUAUGAUUGGUAUACCCAACGAGGCUUGAAUGUUGAAGACUCGAAUCGCCCAGACGUUUUCGAGGGUGAAAAGGGGGUCGUUGCGAAUCCAACGACGCUGCUCUUCCAAGCAAAAGAACAAACCAGCUCCCGCGCACCGCCAGAUUACAUCACCUCGCGCUGCGGCGUCACGCAGAAAUAUGUCGAGUCACGUGUCCACUGCUCCCGCGACUCCCCCACGGCUCGUCAGAACUGCAGCGUCAUCGCUCAGAGACCCUCGCAGAGACCGCACGCCGAUGAGAACAUCUCGCAGCUCUCCUUCGUCCAGGUAUUCCGCUAUGUCUCACGCAAGCUGCCUCAGGCGACAAACCAUUUCGAUUCGAGCUACACGUCGGACAUCUCGCUGAACUUCCUCGAGAACCCGUCAUCGGCAACGAUGACUGCCGCUACAGCACCGCCGGAGCUGGCGAGCAUUCCGCCGAGAGAUUUCGGAUACCGCCUGGCGCAGCUGGUGAACUCCUAUGUGUUCCUCAGCCAGGCGUUUUCGAAUGCUCCCAGCGGGAGUGUAGACGUCAAGGCGUCCUUUGAGCCGAACGUCACUGUUGCUGUCGAUGUCGCAACGCCGGUUGAGGUUUUCCAUGUCUCUAGUGUAUGGAUGGCGCUUUACAUACUUUCUUGUGUGGUUUUGCUGCUGGGAGGUACGAUGAGCGCUGUGGUGACGCAAUUUGUUCACGGGCCAGAAAUUCUAGGGUAUGCCUCGACGGUUGUGCGGGAUUCCAAGUUUAUGGAUAUCUCUCCUGCUGCGGGCCGCAUGGAUGGUAUUGACUUGACAAGAAUGCUGAAGGAUAGAAGGGUGAGGUUUGGUUAUACCCGGUUGUCAGUUGAAGAUACUCAGUUGGUGGGGGUGGGAUCUCAGGAGGAGGUGAAUAGAAUAAAGCAGAAGCAUUAA